AUGUUGCGAGUUCACGUACAACCAGUAGAUAUUGAAUUAGAUCAAGAAAGUUCCAUUUUGAUCACAACCCUACAAGCUGCCUUGCCUGGCGCUGUUGGCUUAUACUAUUAUGACAGUGAUUGUAAAGCAUGUGUAGCAUUUGAUGGCAAAAAAUUUUUGGUUCCAAAUGGUGGAUGGAAGGAACGCACAUACUAUGCAAUAUUAGGAUGUCGACCGUUUGAUUAUCCAUUUGGAUCAUAUGCAAAUGCUGCCAAGCAAUUCGAAUGUUCCGUUAAUACUGUACAACGUUUACUUGCUAGCUCAAAACUUUUUGACUGGCAUACUAUGGAACAAGAUAUGAUACCACCUGUAAGGAAAGAAAGAACGCUUGCUAGCGCUGCUAGCAAAUCCGAAAAUAUGCAAAAAAUGCUCGCUGCCAUAACACAAAGAAAAAGUGGAAGUUUGGAAAAAACUAAUAUAGCAAAUGGUGAACAAAUAGUGAAUGAUAAACAAACGAUAUUGGGAGAACAGUUUGUGGAAAUGGCUAAAAUUUAUGCUACAAAAGAUCUUGUAAUUGAGCAACAAAGUAAUGAGAUUAAAGCUGUUCGAGAAAAGUUACAACUUAUCGAAAGGUCAAACAAUUAUGCAAAAAAUGAAUUAUUGAAAUUGCAAAAAGAUUGCACUGCAAAAGAAGAAGAAUUGGCUAUUUUACGCAGCAUAUGUAAAGAUUACAAAUGCUCAUCUGAUAAGAUUAAUAAACUUACCAAAGAAUUGUUUGAGACAAAGAAGGCGGAUUCAAACAUUCUACGGCAAUCACAAGAGAUAUUUGACCAGAAUGAGCAGAGUACAUGUUUGAAAUCAUCUUCUACCGAAGCAAACGAGCUUGUAAGUCAAGAAAAGACACGGGUUUUCACAAUGAAAGAAUUACGUGAAACAUUGAGUUUAAUCAAAGCUCGCAACGAAGAAUUGGAAAAUGAAAUCAAUGUCACAGGAGAGAAAUUCCAACAGUUGAACGAAGUUUACAGUGCUGUUUUAGCUCAGAAUACUAUACUGAAGUCUCGAUUAGCUGAAUUGGAACAUGAUGCUUCAGCAAAAAUUAUCAUCAAAACUGAAUCACCUGAAGAUAUUAGUGUUGUCGAAGAGAGUUCAUGUAAAGAUUUGUUUACAUUGGAAAAGAAAUUAGAGGCAAGCGAAAAACGUAUAGCUGAACUUAUUCAUGUAAUACAGCUUUUAACAAAAGAUUCAUGCAGCAACGAGUUAAGAGCGACACAUAUGAUGACAGUUCAAGAUGCAAUCAAAUGUCGCGCAGAUUAUCCCGAAACAAAAGUUCAGGUCUGA